UUCCCCUGCACACUUGGAAUGAUGUUGUGAUCCGGAGCCGCUGCGGGGAAUGCUGGGAGGGGGGAUCACGGGGGCUGCUGCUGCUGUCACCCUGACCUUAACCGGCGCUAAGGAUGCGUUUCUGCGCCUGGCCCCCGAGCUCAGGGCACAGCUGCGCCUGGAACAGGGCUGCGCGGUGGAGGUGACAUGGGACGAGCAGCCGGUUUACCUCGGCUGGAUGGAGAGCCGCAGCAGAAAUGCAGACUACACGGCGGUGGAACUCAGCAGACACAUGGCAGAGAAACUGGGUCUUGUGGACGGACAGCAGGUUAUCCUCAAGCCGUGCAGCAUGGUCCCAUCUUGUAAGGAAGUGACUGUUGAACCGCUGUCUGCUGAUGACUGGGAAAUACUGGAGCUGCAUGCCGCUGCCCUUGAAAUGCAUCUCCUGGACCAGAUCCGAAUAGUUUACCCGAAAGCGGUGUUCCCCGUGUGGGUGGACCUGCACACCUGUAUAUACAUUCAGAUAGGAGCACUGACACCAGCUGCAAGUUAUGGCCGACUGGAGCCCCUGACAGAGUUAAUUGUGACUCCGAAGAGCAGAACGUCAGAGAACGUGCCAUCACAUUUGCCCCCUUUCAAAAGUGCAGACUGUGACCUUGGGUCCGGAAGAACUACUCAUGGAACCACAAGUAGCAGCGAUACCUCGUCGCUCAGAGACAUCUCCGAAAUUCACACUCCCCAGGCCUCCAGUGUAUGGGACUCAAUAGUAGAUCUCUUUUCAUGGGCUCUAGGGAAGAAGCCCUCACAGACUCCCGGUGCCAGCGAUAGGGACGUGUUUGGAAGGACUUUGCUGAAAAGCGUUAGUCUCGAAGCGAUUUUUCGAGUGUCCCGCCGCGUUCCCCCUAUUAUAAGUAAUAGCCAAGCCUUCCUAGACCAUACAAAUGAUAACACGGUCCAGGUGUUUCUGUGGUACCCCGAGCCCCCAGGUUUAAUUCCAGACGUAGUCGUGUCCUAUGGAACAAUUGUAGAAAUCCCUUCACCGAAGAGACGGAAAAAGAAUGGCAAGGCGAGCGCAGAAGGAUCAGGGGGGAAGAAGGAAUCUGCUGAUGCGGCCGCUGGGAUACACGAAGCUGUGGUGAAGAUUGUGUGGCACGGGUUUGAAGAUAUCAAAGAUGUCAUUGAGUACGACACCAGAAACGGGAACACUCAUAUUGCAAAAGUUUGGAUUCCGGAGAGGUUAAGAAAGAGCUUGAAUAUUAAUAUUUCUUCAGCUGUCAGGAUACAGUCAUUAGAAGCACAGCCCAAAAUCCCGUCAUCGAUCAUGCUGCAACCGAAGCAGCGCUUGGAUAAGGACGUUGCAGCGGAGGAUGUAAAGGCUGCGUUCAGCGCGUGGCUGCAGUCGCACAGUACCUCAUCCUCGCCUUGGAUUUCAGGGAAAACUGAUACGGCACAACUUUCUCUGGGUGAAGAAAUUGCAGAAUUCACAUUAAGUCUUGAUGAUUCUUCCGAACCGACAAACCAGGACGAAAUCUUCCUGUUAUGUCAGGACUCCCUGCAGAAGACUAAAAUUCAUGUGAAUUUAGAAUUUACUCCCCCUGAAAAUGCUCCAACUCUUCCUCAGCCUGACCAAAACCUCACUUACCUGCAGAUGAACAGAUUGGGUGGUGUGGAUGGCUUACGGACAGCCUGCUACGAGCACAUUGUUCACUGUCUAAUGGGACGUCCAUUGUCCAGACAGUUUGUCUCCACAGCCUCUGGACUCCGCAGCGGAGCCGUCCUCCUUUCUGGACCAAAGGGCUGUGGAAAGUCUGCUGUAGCGAAGGCGUUAUGUAAGGAGGCGUUUGACGGCCUGGAGGCUUACGUGGAAGAAAUCAACUGUAAAUUGUUAAAAGGAAAGACUCUAGAAAGCUUAUGCCAGACUCUGGAAGACGGAUUUGCAGAGGCAGCGUGGAGGCAGCCGGCCGUCCUUUUACUGGAUGACCUGGAUCAGAUUGCUGGAGUGCCAGCGACACCAGAACAAGAGCAGAGCCCGGAGGCCAUGCACAGCAAGCAAGUUUCACAUGUUCUGAAAGAUUUAAUGAAGGAAAUAAUUAGGAUGGAGACCCAGAUCGCGGUCAUCGCCACCAGCCAGUCCGAGCAUUCCUUGAAUCCCAUCCUUAUUUCAUCACAAGGAGUUCACCUUUUCCAGUGCCUUAAACUCAUCCACCCUCCAGCACAGAAAGAGCGAUCAGAGCUGCUAUGCUGCAUUGUAGAAAACAGACUUUCAUGUGACAUUGCUCGAUUUAGCGACCUUGAUCUCCUUCAGCUGGCAAAGGAAACGGAAGGUUUUGUAGCCAAAGAUUUUGUCAUGCUUGCGGAACGAGCCAUAGAGUCCAGUGUGGCUACAAGGAAGAUCUACAGUAAGCAAGAUUUAGUUUUGUCGACAUCAGACUUCAAGAAAGCCCUUAAAGGUUUCACCCCCAUGUCCCUGAAGAACGCCAAUUUACACAAGCCAAAGGACCAGGGCUGGACUGUGGUGGGAGGACUGCACUCUGUACGGCAGGUUCUGAAGGACACCAUUGAGUUACCGGCCAAGUAUCCAGAGUUAUUUGCAAACCUUCCAAUCCGGCACAGAUCUGGAGUGCUGCUGUAUGGGGCACCGGGCACCGGGAAGACUUUGUUGGCUGGUGUUAUUGCUCAUGAAAGCGGGAUGAAUUUCAUCAGUAUUAAGGGUCCUGAGCUUCUCAGCAAAUAUAUUGGAGCCAGUGAGCAGGCCGUGCGGGAUGUCUUUACCAGAGCCCAGGCGGCCAGGCCCUGCAUCUUGUUCUUUGACGAGUUUGACUCCAUUGCGCCACAAAGAGGACACGAUAAUACAGGAGUCACUGACCGAGUGGUCAAUCAGAUGCUGACGGAACUGGAUGGGGUGGAGGGGUUACAAGGAGUUUAUGUUCUGGCAGCCACCAGUCGCCCAGAUUUGAUUGAUCCUGCCCUACUUCGACCUGGACGCCUGGAUGAAUGUUUGUACUGUCCGCCUCCAGACCAGGUGUCUCGGUAUGAAAUCCUGAAAGGUCUCAGCUGCUCCAUGAUGUUAGACCAUGAUGUGGAUUUUCAGUACAUUGCUAGUCGGACAGAAAACUUUACAGGAGCGGAUCUGAAGGCCUUGUUAUAUAAUGCUCAGCUGGAGGCCAUCCAUUCAAGCCUAGCACCCAGUGCACCCCAGGACAGCGGGUCUGGAUCCGACAGUGACGCCAGCUUAUCAUCAAUGAUUUUCCUGAACCACAGCAGUGCAUCAGAUGAAUCUUCAGGAGAACCAGACAGUGCCCUGGAACAGUCUUUUACCUCCCUGGAUAUGGUGAAAAUUCCUCCGGAUGAUUCAAAGUCCAAUAUAUGGCGCCUUUAUUUUGGCAGCUCCAAUGACUCUGACUUGGGGAAUGGCAGUUCAGAUCAGGUACUAGCCUUGACCUGCCACAGCUUAUCUGGAAGCAAUUCCAUUACAUAUGAUUUCACUGGCUUGUCUGUAGGAGAAUUGGUGUCUUCCCAACCUCUAGUGUUCCUAACUUCCUCCUCACAAGAAGAUCUCCCGGAGCACUGCCAGAAUGCCCGUGCCGAGACCGCUCUUACCAACUACAAGAACUUGGAGGAGCCGCCUCACUGCCAGAUGGAAUCAAAGAAGAAAAUGUGCGUUGGCCAAAAGCACCUUCUGGCAGCACUUGCCACUACCAGACCGUCUAUAGGUGCAGAAGACUGGAGGUUCUUCAACCAUCUCUAUGAAAAAUUCCAAAAUCCGAAGAGCUCAAGUGGACAGACGCACGGAAGAGGACAGAAAGUGACAUUAGCCUAAUUAAUGCAAUACUAAUAAUUUAUAACGCAGACCGCUGUAAUAAGCCACGUCCUGUGUAUAAUUAGAAUUAAUAAAUGUGUUUUAUUUUUCA